AUGUCGUUAAAUUCGGACAUUUUUAUGGUUAAACUGAGAGCUUCCGCUAAAAAUACUUAUCACUGUAAGAUUUGCCCCUUCUUUACAACGUCGCUUUACCUCGUGGUAAGUCACAUGAAAGGGCACCCAUCUCUACAACAGUUCAACUGUGAAACCAACAACAUUGAAUUGUAUUCCUGUUUGAAGUGCUCUUUCCAAACAGAGUUAGCAACUGUGCUAAAACAACACUUUCAAGUCCGCCAUACCAUCAAAAAAGAACACCCAGAAGAUGAGAAAUACGUCAUCAAAAGCUACAUUUGUAAAAAGUGUCAAUUUGAAACCCAUUUUGCGAUGAAAUGGUUACAACAUACCAUCGGUUGUCUCAAAAAGUGUGAAAAAAACCCAUACAAAACUAAAGAUAAUUCAACCUUAAGAAGACACAUAAUCUCUCGACAUUUAGACAAAAGCGCCAGUAAAUGGUACAAAUGUGACGACUGCCCCUACAGAGCUAAACAAAGCAGUCAAUUGAAAAGACACAUAACCACGCGCCACCUUGAAGACCACGCCAUAAAAUGGCACAAAUGUGAAAAGUGCCCGUUCCAAACUAAACUCAAAAGUAACUUAAGAAGCCACACGAUUGCUCGCCAUUUGAACGACGAAGAGAUAAAAUGGUAUAAAUGCGAACAGUGUCCGUACAAAAGUAAGAGGAGUUCGAACUUGAAACAACACAUAUUGAACGCCCAUUCAAACGAAGAAGAUGUAAAGUGGUACGAAUGUCAACAAUGUUCAUAUAAAAGUAAACACAAAAGCUAUUUGACGCGUCACUUCACCAUGAACCAUCUGGACGAAAAGGAUGUGAAAUGGUACGAGUGUAGGGAGUGCCCGUUUAAAACCAAAAUCGCGUCGUCGUUAAACGGACAUGUAUAUUCAAAGCAUUCGGACGAACUGGAUAUUAAGUGGUUUCAGUGCGGAAUGUGUCCUUAUAAGGCUAAAAAGAAGUACUUUUUGAAAAGACAUGUGAAUGCCCAGCAUUUAGAUCAACAAGGAAUACGAAAAUUUCGGUGUGAAGUGUGUCCGUUUAAAGCUAGGGGAAGUUCUCACUUGAAAAAACACUUCAAUAAGUGGCAUUUAAAUUUAAGUAAGGAGGACUUGACACGGAUGUAA